UCAGGUACAAUGUCAUACUAUCCAUCCUUAUUGAGGUACAUGCAGGCACACAUCUUGUACCCAUACCAUCCCCAUUCAGGUACAUGCUCGCACACAUCUUGUACCCAUACCAUCCCCAUUCAUGUACAUGCAGGCACACAUCUUGUACCCAUACCAUCCCCAUUCAGGUACAUGCAGGCACACAUCUUGUACCCAUACCAUCCCCAUUCAGGUACAUGCUAGCACACAUCUUGUACCCAUAACAUCCCCAUGCUCACACACAUCUUGUACCCAUACCAUCCCCAUUCAGGUACAUGCAGGCACACAUCUUGUACCCAUACCAUCCCCAUUCAGGUACAUGCAGGCACACAUCUUGUACCCAUACCAUCCCCAUUCAAGUACAUGCUCACACACAUCUUGUACCCAUACCCUCCCCCUGCAUUCAGCGAAACAUCUAGCGAAACAUCUUGUACCCAUACUUUCCAUGCCCAUGAACAUAUAAAUCUAGCAGAUAUGUUGUUACCACACAGGGUAAACAUUGCACAUAGCAAUACAUUUACAAUAGGAAACACAUUAACUAUAACAAUUGUAUAGCAGUGCACUUAUCGUUUUUGAUAUACAAUUGUAUCAAGACACAAGUCUAGAAAGAUUGCGGGCCUGCUUCAGAGACCUCAUUAGUUACAUUUCACCUCAAGUAAUGAGUAAACCUAUUGGGUAUUUUACUACAACCAUCUAUAAUGUGAGAUUGUUCGUGUUAGGUUCUACAUUAAAUAUUUCUGUUGUUUCUUUCUCUUGCUCUCAAGGAAUUAUGAAGAGCACACUACCUUAAGAUGUGGAAAUGGGGACUGUCUGCUACAUGCCAUCUCCACAUACAUGUGGGGGAUCCAGGACAGUGACCAGACACUGCAGCAGUUACUGUGCCGUGCUCUGACUGAGCCAACAAACUUAAACAGGUCUCUGAGGGAUCGAUUCAUGGAACACCUGAUGGGAAACUCCAGACGCCAGUCCUCACAAGAGGACCUGCAAAGAAAAUGGGAAGCUGUUCUUUCAGUGGUCUCGUCUGCCUUCACCCCACAAGUUGACAAUGACCUCUUGCUGAAAGCCUUUGAGGUCUACAUCUUCACCAUGGCACAGAUCCUCCGCCGACCCAUUGUUGUUCUAGCUGAGGACGUGCCCCUGACACGUGAAGGAGGUUCAUUCAGCCUGAGCGGCAUCUACCUGCCUCUACAAUUGCCAGCAGAGGAAUGUGUGAAGAACCCCAUCAUGCUUGCUUAUCACAACCAACAGUUUUACCCACUGCUCUCCACACAGCCCCCACAACAGGCCACAUCUCGCCCCAUAGAUGCAGUCCCGCUGGUAAGGCAGAAUGGAGAGAGUCUUCCGGUGCAUCUCCUGCUACCUGAGGAAGCUGCUCAUGUUCAGGAGUAUGUCAACCAGCACAUCCAUACCACCCUGGUUCAAGAUCAGCAGGGCAACAGCAUGGUAGCAGCAAGGAUGGGAACCCUAACCCCUCCUGAUGAGUACAACCUCUUGUUGGACGUCUUCCAGCAGGCUGCGGAAGGACCAAACCCGGCAGAAGCCAGUGAAGCAUCUCCGGGGCGUACUAUUUUGGAAAACAGGAAUGGAGCAACUGAUAACCAGGGAGCAUCCGUCUUUUGCACCCAAGGAGCGGAGGGUCUCACAUCACAAGGGGCUGAGCUUGAUCAGCAGAUGCUCAGAAUGUCCAUUCAGAAGGAAGCUGUGAGCCAAGGUAACAGUCACCCAGCCAAUGCUUCAACACAACUUCCAUGUACAAGGGAGGCAAUGAUGUUUACAUCAAGUCCACAUAACAGUGAUGACAAUCCACACAACCUUGAUGUUCACAACAUGGCUGCUGUGAGUGAGCAACGCAUCCAAACCAGUCACAGUACCAUCCAAGGUGAAGUUAACAACCACAGGGCAACUUCAAGUCAGCAAGGAGGUUGGCAACAAAACGACGUCUUACCAGGUGAUGUGUCAGCCGCAGCAGAAAGUAUCCAAGAUGAAAGUCAGGCUUCAAGUUCAAUAGCCAAUGGUAGGUCCUCAAGGGCUGCUAAUGACAACAGGGCACAGUGGGAAGCAACUGGAGCAAAACCAAAACAGCCUUCUGGCUCCAGAUCGAAGGAAGGAUCAAGGAAGAUGGGAAAUCGUCCAGCUCGUGACAAUUCCAUCUGCAAAACGACAGGGUGUCCAGGAAAAGCUGUGCCCAGUAAAGGAGGUCACUGUAAGAAGUGCUACACCAGGAAGUCUCGGGAAGAGAGGGAAACAAGGAACAGAAGAUUAUCUCUGGAGAAUCCCUCAGCAGAUGGACCAGCACCCCAGGAAAGACAGGCCAGAAAAGCAUCAUCAGCUGGUCAACAAAGACAACAGCAGAUCUCAGGCGUGGGUGGACAGAGGUCAGUUUUGUCAGCUCCAACAACAGGCAGGAACUCAUCAAUACCACAAGGUAGAGAAACAAGCAAAGAACAAAUGUCUAUGCAGCCAGUCAACACACCAACAUCAACACCAAACACAAGUGGCAGCAGGUCUGCAACUGUCAACAGCACCCCGAUGAGGCCACAAGUUCCCCAGGCCACUGAUCCUAGAAGUCGUCCUGAGACCGCAUUUCUACCAAACAGUGGACCUCCAAGCUCCAUAAUCUAUGCAAGUUCAAGUGGCCAGUCAUCAUCUACAAGCACCCAUGGCACUGAGCCAAGUGUGCCUCAGUCAACCAACAAUGUAUCUACUGGUUCAUUGAGGAUGCAUCACAAUGCAGGAGAAGAGCCUCUUGGAACUUUUCUGUACCAUGCUAGGACCACUGCUGAUGGUGCUGUCCAAGAGAAUCAUCCUUACAUCCCAGCAGAUCAUAUGGUAAAGUGUUCAGCCCCAAACUGUGUCAGAAUGGUGAACAAGGACAUCAAUGAUUCUCUCUGUCAAGUAUGCCACCAGGUCCUUGGGCAAAUAAACCAGGCAUCUCUUCCCAAUAAUGGCACACUCAACUUGGGACAAGGAAGCUCUGCUGGUACAAAUACAAGACGAGCAGCAACAGAUGCAGAUGCAGCAGUGAUAGCCAGUGAUGUAACCAGUCCCAAAUACAAGGAUUCAGCAGCCAAUCUGCCCAUGAGGAACCAACCAGCAGUGCACAGGCCACCUGAACUGCAAUCAGCCCAUCAGAGAGCCUAUCAGCAGCAACUGGCUGAAGUUCGUCGUCAGUCUACACCCCCAUCAGGUCUGUCCACAGAUCAGCCAGCUAGCCAGCCUUGUGCUAUUAGAGGUUGCAGAUACAUAGGCACACUUAAAAACAAGUACCUUUGCAGUUUUCAUUUUAAGGUAUAUGUAACAGGUGCAUCAAAUUCUAACAGCUUUAAUGCAUCUGGUAACAUCUCACUGCAUGCUGAUGCAGAGCCCUGUAGCCAGUCUGAAUCAAUGCCAAGACCUAUGUCCUGUAAUAACUUUUAUAACUUUGAACGUGGAUCUAUCCAAAAUUUCAUAAAUAAUCCAUCUGCCGACAAUUCCACGUUCAAACCUCCAUGUUCAGCUCAAGCUUCAGUGCCUUUUCCAGAUCAAAAUGUAGACAGAACACGAGCAAGGGCGUCACCCUCCCAUCAAAACGGCCAUUCCCCACCUCUUAGAAAUAGCCCCUCUCCACCUUUGCACCCAAGACAGGGUCCAUCCCUACACAACAUGUACAGCCAUACACCAGUGAAUGGCCCUCCCCCAUCAUAUGGGUUGCCUUCAAGACAGGGGUACACUUGGCAGCCCCCUAGAAGCCAAUGGAACAAUUUGUCUGCACCCUUGAGAGGGGUUUCUGAUGAAACCAAACCAUUUUCUCAACAUCCCAUACAAGACCCUACUCUGCAUUCAAAUCCUUCCAGGGUACAUACACGAAAUGCCCCCUCUCAUACUGUACCUAUUUCUACUGCAUGUAACAUGCCCUACUGUAACCAACAGGGUGACCCUGCAUAUGGUGGGUAUUGCCCACAAUGCUACGAUUGGAUUCAAAGAAACAGGCGAUCCUAAUACCAUUGCAGUCACUGAUAUCAUGCUUAAAAAGCAAGUGAAUUCAGAGCAUUUGUAUA